AUGAAACAGCCAUUCCAGCCGCACACGCCGCUGCUGGCGCGGUCCGACGGGCGAUCUCUCGAUCUUCCCAGCUCGGGCUCUUCAGACGAGUGCACGCCGCCGAGACGGCCAUUGCCGCCGCGCGGUGCAACAUGGAGCUUCACCGAUCUUCGCAAGCUACUGGGGGGAACCAGCGGGGGCGGGCAGGGGACCACAUUUCGUACAACGGCGCCACUCACGGCGGCGAUCACGGCGCUCUCGGCGCCACUCGCGGCGCUAGCGGCGCCAGUGACGGGGAAGCUGGUCAACAGGGUUCCAGGCGACGGCGUGGCGAGUGCAAGCGAGGCGACAGUAGCGCAAUCGGCGGCGGCGGGUACUGCGGAGGCGGCAACGGAAGGUUUAGGAGACGGGAACGACGGCACGGGAGGGGUUAAUAGCGCCCCGGCGGCGGUAGCGGGAGUGACGGUGCUGCUGCGGAGGCUGGGCUCAGCAUCUCUGACUCGACUCGCUGGUUCUCGCGACGUCGCCCACGACUGGACGACUCGCACGGCCGGUCGCCAGGCGUCGCACGGCGACGACGACGUGCUAGAACGAGACGACCCGGAGAUUGUCGCCGCCGCCUCGUGGCACGCUUCAGUGCGCGCAGCGGAUUUUGAAGGACUUGCGGAAGAGGAGGCGGAAGAGCACAGGGCGGCGGAGGAGGAGGCGCGGCAGGGCGCGGCGGAAGUGCUGGCGGAAGCGGCAGUGGCGGAGGAGGCGGAAGCGGGGGAAGGGGAAGCGGGGGAAGGGGAAGCAGGGGAAGGGGAAGCUUGGGAGACGGAAAAUGAAGCUUGGCCAGCGGAACCCUUUCCUGAAGGGGCGGUGAGUAGCGGCGGCGGAAGAAGCGGUAACGCGGAGGCUUUGGCGGCGGCGGGGGGGGACUCCGCACAGAGUGAGCCAGCAAAUGGUGCGGAAAAUCAAGCGCGGAAGGGAGCGCGGAGCAGCGUGGGCGCAUCAGGGUGGGCGGCGCAGGACUUUCUGCGGGGAACUUCCGCAGCUGCUGCGGCCACCCCAGGGGGCCGCGCGGAGGGGGAAUACGCGGACGGGGGGAACGGGGGAGGAGUUGGGGGAGCAGCGGGUGACGUUCGGUGGGAUGGGGGGGAGGCUGUGCGCAGUGCGGGAGAACGGGGGGAGGAGACUCGACGAGUAGGAGUGAGAAGCAGGAGGAAACCUGAUCACACGCCUCCAACGCCAUCCCUUUUCUCCCCUUUCCCCACUCAUCCCGUUCUCACUCCCUCUCUUCCUCCCUCCCUCCCUCCCUCCCUCCCUCCCUCCCUCCCUCCCUCCCUCCCUCCCUCCCUCCCUCCCUCCCUCCCUCCCUCCCUCCCUCCCUCCCUCCCUCCAUCCCUUCCUCCCUCCCUCCCUCCCUCCCUCCCUCCCUCCCUCCCUCCCUCCCUCCCUCCCUCCCUUCCUCCCUCCCUCCCUCCUCCCUCCCCUCCCUCCCUCCCUCCCUCCCUCCCUCCCUCCCUCCCUCCCUCCCUCCCUCCCUCCCUCCCUCCCUCCCUCCCUCCCUCCCUCCCGCCCUCCCGCCCUCUCCCAUUCAGGCGGCUGCGAGGCAGUCUGCUAUACCGAGGCAGCACCAUAGGCACGGACGAUUGUCAACUCUUCCUCGCUGCUGCCACCACGCCCUCCCCUUUCAACCACACCUUCGCCACCCUCCCCCCACUCUCUCCGCUCUCCGCUCUCUCCCCCCUAUCCCCCCUCGCCACUCUCUCAACACCCUCACCUUUCGACCCGCUCCCUUUCCUCCCCUCCUCCAAUUCCUCCUCCUCCUCCGCCUUCCCCUCCCCCUCGCUCCCAACUCCGAAACUCGCCUUUCUCUUCCUCUCCCGCGGCCCGCUCCCCCUGGCGCGCCUGUGGGCGCGCUUCUUCCGCGGGUACGAGCGCCACUACUCCGCGUACCUGCACCCCGCGCCCGGAUACAGGGUCCCACGGGGGGUGCGCCGCGCGCUCAACCUCACCGUCGUGCCCAGCAAGCCCGCGUUCUGGGGGACUCUCAGCAUCGUGGAAGCAAUCAAGCGCCUGCUAGCCAACGCCCUCUUGGACCCACACAACGUGCGCUUCAUCGUGCUGAGCGAGCGGGACAUUCCACUGCACCCCUUCCCGGUCAUCCACCGCUACCUCCUCUCCUCCUCCCUCAGCUUCUCCGGCGGCCAUCCCAAGCACUUCCGCGACACGCUCGUCGCAAAGCGCGUCUUCCCGCCCGGUCUUGUGCGGUCGGGAUGGGUGCACGGGGAGUGUUGGCUCGAGAUGGCUCGCCCGUGA